GUUAAAAGCAACAAGACAGUCCUACAUUUUGCAGUGCAAUCAGGAAACGUUUCCCUUGUGAAAUAUUUUUUAGAGCUCAACAUGACCAAAAGCUAUGACUUUGUCAACAUGAAGGCACAUGGCAACACAGCUUUGCAUAUGGCAGCAGCCCUGAGAAAUGAAAUAAACCAGGAAGAAAUUGUCAAACUUCUUCUCAAGCAUGGGGCAGAUCCCAGCAUCAAGAACUUAGAAAAUGAACAAGCAAUUCAUCUGGUACAGCAGGGGGAGGAUGGAAGUAGGGUAAGGAAGCUGUUGAAGAAAGACAGAGGGAGUUGUACAGUGAAUUCUGUUCAUCCAGAGUCAACAUAUUAGAGCUAGAGAACACAUUUCCCUCUGAAAGUUUUUGCUUCUGAUUUGUACAUAAAAAUAAUGUACAUAAUGAUUGUUUACUUUUAAAGUUAUUUAUUACUGCAGGAUCAUCUCUAAAAUACUGUAAUAAUUCAACACUGUAGCAUUUCCAGAUUACAUUUUUUCCAGUGAAUCUUCAGAACAAGGCACUACUUUGCUGAUGUUUCUGAAGUCACCCCCGAAACCUCACUGUUAAACAUUGUUGUAUCCUAAAAGAAAGGGACCGUGUAUUAUGCACACAGUUAUUCACUUCAAGUUAAUGGUGGAGGAAUAGAAGAGGUAAAAUAAAAUUUGCAAAGAGCUAUGGGUACAUCUUGGACUACAGCAAUAUCCCCCAGUGGUGUGAAGGUUACUUAAACAGUCACUGGUAGCUUCUCAUUUUGUACAUUAUUUAAUAUCAGUUUUAACUAUAUGGAUAUAAACUAAGAAUAAUUAUUUUUGGCUAAAAAGGAAAGAAAACUCUCAUGCAAAGAUGGUGUUCCCUCUUCAUGUGGCAAGAUACUAUCUACAGUAUUAAAAUGUUCAUG